AUGAUUCUGUUCAUGAGCUGCGCCAAGAUUCCUGCACCCAAUUGCGAUUUGUGCUUUCCUGAAUGGGUUCUUUAUAUAGUGAACUUGGGAAACUCGAUAACGCUGCGCUGUUGCCGUAAGCGGAGAAGAAAGCGCCGCGAGCGCUUCGGCGGGAGGAAGCUGCACCUACGCGGCACUCAUUUCUUACUCUAUCAGUCCGCCCACUUAUAUCUCACCGGCCUCCUCUGUAACUCGCCGGUGGGCUUAUCUGUUGGUCUGGCAGUUGGGCAAUCUUCAGUAGCUGAUGAAAUAUCCAAACUGAUUAAGAGACCUCAGUUCGAGGCAGGUAUCUGCUAUGACCCAGAUGAUCUUUCACAGGAAUUAGAAAGCUUUGGUCGCAACGAGUUACGCUGGAGCACCUCAGCUAUGUGGUAA